GGGGAUCAAAAUCCGAUCAAAGAAAAACCAAAACCCUAAUAAUCUCCGAUUCUACGCCCCCCACAUCUCUUUCAACUGUCCGAUCACAAAAAUAUGGCCUCCCCAUCCUCCCUCCUCGGCCCACCAGAAGUCUACAGCCCACGCACCACCAUUGUCACCGCCAUGGCCACCUCCGCCGCCACCGGCAACCCAUUCAUAGACCUAAUGGUAGACAACUUCAACACCACCACCACCCCUACCCCACCGCCCCCCAUGGGCUACACGGAAAAACAAUCCCCCACCUUCCUCUCCACCGGCAACCCGUGCCUCGACGCCUUCUUCCACGUGACGCCCAACACCCAUCCGGCAACCUUAACCCAACGUCUACACAAAGCGUGGGACCACAAUCCUCUGACUGCUCUAAAACUGGUGUGUAACCUGAGAGGCGUACGCGGGACUGGGAAGUCCGACAAGGAAGGGUACUAUACGGCUGCGCUGUGGCUGCAUCAGCAUCAUCCGAAAACGCUGGCGUGUAAUGUGGGGCCGUUGGCUGAGUUUGGGUACUUUAAGGACUUGCCGGAGAUUCUUUAUAGGAUUCUGGAAGGCCCUGAGGUGCGGCGGGAGGCGAAGAAGGCGAGGCGAGAGGCGGAGAUGGAGAGGGAGUCCGGCGGGUGGAUGGGGAGAGGAAGAAGGGGAUUAAAGAUGAAGAAGUCGACGCCGUAUAAGUCGCGCUCAAGGAAGGAGUCUUGGGUUUUGGAGGCAAUGCAGAGGAUAGAGAUCGAGGAGGAGAAGGCUCGUGAAUCGAGGGAGGCGAAGAAGAUCGCCGCUGCCAAAAAGGCUGUCGAACGCUACAGCAGUGAUCCGGAUUACAAGUUCCUCCACGACCGAAUCUCCGAUCUCUUCGCCGAUUUUCUCAAAUCCGAUAUCCAGCACUUCAAUUCCAACCAGUUGAACAAAAUCAGCCUCGCCGCAAAAUGGUGCCCUUCGCUUGACUCCUCGUUCGAUAAAGCGACUCUGCUUUGCGAAAGCGUCGCGAAAAAAGUUUUCCCCCGUGAUUUAUACAAAGAAUACGACGGUGUCUUAGAUGCUCAUUACGCUUAUCGCGUUCGUGACCGUUUACGUAAGGAAAUCCUCGUACCGCUGCGAAAAGCCCUAGAAUUACCCGAGGUCUAUAUUGGUGCUAAUAAAUGGAAAUCUAUUCCAUACAAAAGGGUUGCCUCUGUGGCAAUGAAGUUUUACAAAGAGAAGUUUAUAAAGCAUGAUAGGGAACGGUUUCAGGAGUAUCUGGAGAAGUCAGGAAAGGGGAUUGCGGCAGGGGCGUUGUUGCCACACGAGAUUAUAGCAUCGUUGAACGGCAAGGAUGGGGGAGAGGUAGCCAAGCUUCAGUGGAAGAGGAUGGUGGAUGAUUUGUCAAAAAAGAGGAAACUGAAGAAUUGUUUGGCGAUUUGCGAUUUUUCGGAUAGCAUGAAUGGGGUACCAAUGGAGGUUUCGUUGGCGCUCGGGGUUUUGAUUUCAGAAUUGAGUGAAGAACCGUGGAAAGGGAAGCUGAUUACAUUCAGUCAUAACCCGACGCUUCAGAUGGUUUUAGGUGAUGAUUUGAGGUCAAAGACGGAUUUUGUGAGGAGAAUGGAGAGCGGGACGAGCGUUGAUUUCCAGAAGGUGUUUGACUUGAUGUUGGAAGUGGCUGUGAAUGGGAAAUUAGCCGAAGAACAUAUGAUCAAGAGGGUGUUUGUCUUUAGUGACAUGGAGUUUGGUCAGGCGUCGGCGAGACCUUGGGAGACGGAUUACCAGGCGAUUGUGAGGAAAUUUGGGGAGAAGGGGUAUGGGUCGUCUGUGCCAGAGAUUGUUUUUUGGAAUCUGAGGGACUCAAGGGCGACUCCUGUGGCUGGGAACCAGAAAGGGGUGGCCCUUGUGAGCGGUUUUUCCAAGAAUUUGAUGACUGUGUUCUUGGAGGAGAGUGGGGCUUUGAAUCCUGAGGCUGUCAUGGAAGUGGCCAUUUCUGGUGAGAAGUAUAAGAAUCUGAUUGUGCUUGAUUGAUCGUGUUCUAAUCAGCUAAUAAAUAUAUUGGAUCAGUUCAGUUUAUUUCCUUCUUUUGUUGGUACGUCUCUUUGGAAAAUUUGAGAAAUAGAAGUGAAAAAAAGAACACUUGUUUUCA